AUGAGUUCCGCCGCUCAUACGAGCGCGUCUACACGCAAGGUAAUUGUGGCAGGUGCGCAGUUAGGAGCGAUCCACGUCGACACACCACGAUCAGAUGGAGUCAAGAGAAUGUUAAAACUGAUCGAUGAUGCACACAAACAGCAUGUUAAAUUGAUCGUCUUCCCAGAACUCGCACCUGUCACGUUCUUUCCUCGGCAUCUUCUUGAGGGCGAAGACCUGGAAGCUUAUUUUGAGCAAGAGCAUGAUGGCGAUGCUACCCAAUUGCCGAAUCUCAAGCCAUUGUUUGAUAAAGCAAAGGAGUAUAAAAUGGACAUGUAUCUAGGGUACGCCGAAUGCACAGGUAGCGACCACGUCCAUUACAACACCUCGGUAUAUUUUUCGGGGGAUAGUGGCCAGGUCAUAUCAAAGUAUAGAAAAGUGCACUUACCUGGGACAUUUGAACCUUACGAGCGCGAAGGGGCCACCAACCAACUCGAGAAAAGAUAUUUCAAGCCUGGUGACCUUGGAUUUCAAGCGUUCCGAGCGCCUGGGUUGGUCAACGACACUCUUAACAAGAAGUCAGGGGUUGAAGCCAAUAAGCUCGAGACCUUGGGCAAAGGUGACCCGAUAUUGGGAAUGCUCAUAUGUAAUGACCGACGUUGGCCAGAAGCAUGGAGAUCAUAUGGGCUCCAAGGGAUCGAGCUCCUGCUGUGUGGUUACAACACGACUGCUUGGGCUCCCGAUCUCAUAGGAAACGAUGAGAAGACCUCGACCCCUGAGACGGCCAAAGCCGAGGCAUUGUUCCACAACAAGCUGAGCAUCACGUACAACAGCUAUGCCAAUGCAUGUUUUAGCAUCAACGUUGCGAAAUGUGGUGUUGAAGAUGGGAAGUAUCCAUUGAUUGGUGGCAGUUGCAUUGUAGAUUGCGAUGGCGAGGUGAUGAUCGAGGCUCAGACGGAAGAGGAUGAAUUGAUCAUAGCAGAAAUUGACCUGGCAAAAUGUCGACGCGGAAAAGAGAAGGUGUUUGCUUUUGAGAAGCAUCGUCGCGUUGAACAUUAUGGUAUCAUUGUAGAACAGACGGGCGUGAAGGAACCAGAUCUAUUGUAG